AGGAUGGAAUCGCAAAUAUUCGGUGACGUUGGUGCACGACCAGGGUGAGAAAAAAAGCAGUGCCGCAAGAACGCGAAUUUGUACGGUCCUAGUGAACACGUGGAUCAUGUGUCCAUCGGGUCUGGCAAAUAAACGCGUCGUCGGUGAGCGUCGCGGUGACUUUGUUCGCGGCGUCCCACGCAAUUACGCAACGACGAUCGGCCACAAUGAGCGACACCACGCAUGAGGGAUUCCACAGUGUUUUCGCUCGAACGAAAUCUCGUUGAACAGUGCGUUCGCCGGUUUCGCCGUGUCGGAGGUCGAAUGUUACCAUGAGCUUUUGGUCACGCAGACGGUUUCGUAUCACGCCGCUACGAGCGUUGGCGGCGUUCCUCCUGAUGGUCAUGCUGUUCUGGUACAGCAUCAGUCGGCAAGAAACACCUAGGCAACCUUGCAGCGUGCCCGAGGAAUUCACAGAGAAACUACACGAGCUUGCCUACAGGGCUCACUUGGUGUUAGCCAAACUGGGCAUCGUGCACUUUCUAUGCCUCGGAGGACUUUGGGGUCAAGUUCGGAUCGGCCGUGCUUUGCCCUGGGCACGUAAGGUCGAACUCUGCUUGGUUGACACGUUAAGAGACGACGUUUUGAUCACGAAAGCCUUCCGUGAAGUUGGACUUAGCGCCACGUAUUUACACGCAGCUGGUGUCUAUCGUAUUCAAGAACACGAGGUCGGUGAAGAUGCUCCUAAAGUGGAGGUCGUCGUUUUUGAAGAAGAUGCUGUGACCCAAAUGCUUAGACGAGUGGGUUGGACAAGAAGAGUGCUGCCUCCAGAUUGCGAGUUUUCACCCAGCCUUCAAUGUUUCCCACCGCAGCUUGUGAUACCCCCUUUACCAGCGAAGCAGUUCGGUGGUCGACUAAUGCCUGUCCCUAGAGAAGGCAUCGAGUUGCAGAAAUAUCAUUAUCCUAACGAUUGGUGGCUCGAGGUGAAACCCACCGACUGUACCGAGCCCCAAGAAACGAACGCGUAGUAUUACUUGAUUCGAUCGCAGACACCAUGGAAAGUUUAUAUUAUUGACUCGAGGAAUUGUCUUCUGAGAUCGCCAUAAAAAUUGGUGCUCUUUAUCACACGCGAUCGUGUUCCAAAGAUUCGUUUUUAAUCCUUUCGCUAUGAUGUACGUCGUAACAAUAUAUUAUUUAAUCAUUUGGGUAGCAUAAAUAUAGUUAGGAGUUGAUGUUGGAUUUUGAAAUUAUAUUGUUACAGAAAAUUAGUAAUUGGAAACUAAAUGUAAUAAAUAGAUUAUAUUUUUAUGAGAUAGACAGAUUGAUUAAAUAAUCAUUUAGGGUUUAUGUUGUUAACAUUUGUUGUAUGGAAAAAAUAGUAUGAAGUAUAGUUAAGUACUUCAUAUACUUGGUUAAUAGUUUGUAUUAAUGAGUACUUCUUAGCAUUCUUAUUUCUGUGUCAGAAGUAGUAUGCAAUUUGUAACAUUUUCUACAUUAUAAUUAUAUAAAUUCAGUAACUAUAGUUUGGUAUAUGAUUACCUGAGCCUUUUCGUAGACUCCGAUUCUCUAGAUUUUAGGGAAAGAUUAGAAAAGACGUAGAAGAGGUCAGAAAGAACCUAAGUAUGUGUCUACCUGAGUAUGGAAUUUAUCUUCAAUAUUCAUUAAUGGUAAAGAUAUGUAAUCAUCUGUCCAUGUAUUAAAUUAACUUUGAGUUAAAAUAAUAUGCCAACUUUUGUUACGAACAUUAAAGUAAUAAAGAAAUUGUUUAUCAACUUUUAUCGCACGAGUGUCACAGCGAAAGGGUUAAUAUACGACAUAGGUUCAUUUUAUAAUAAAUUUUAGACAGACAAUUUUCAAACGAAAAUCGAAGAACGAAUAUGAAUGUUUAACUUGGAACUUGCGAAUCUUCCUGCUGAAUAAGUUACUAACUUUUAAUGUGUAUUUAAGAGACUGUAAAACUUUAUAGAAUCGUAUUUAGACUGUACGAAUUUUCCUGUUAAAUGAGUUGUUAAUUUUGUAUGUGUACUUAGGAGACUGUGAAACUUUAUAAAAUUCUAGUUAAGAUUGCUAGAGAAUAUUUUUAAUUCCGAUUCUUGUUUCAAACGUCGUAAAUGUGACAGCUUCCGUUUGUAAAGGCUUCUGAAUAUUUCCGUUCUUCCAGCUAAUGAUGCUUGAUAAGUUUUGAUCGAUUUUUAGGCUAAAGUGGAUCAUAGCUAAAACGUGAAACGUUUUAAUCUUCGUUUAACCCUUGAAAAGUGGACCACCCAGAUAGCGAUAAUAAAACUUCAUAUUAUAUUACCAAGUCUUAUAUUUUUGACUUAUAUUUUAAAUAUCCAGUUUAAGAUAUUAUAUCUUCUAUUUAAAAUAUUUAUUCAAAACACUAGGGUCCACCGUUCGAGGGCUAACGAAUCGUGUAUAAAUUGUUUUGAUCGAAAAUUAAAAAAAAAAUGAAAUUAUAUGUUGAGAAAUUUUAUAACACGAAUAUCAAGAAAAUGAAAUUUUCGUGUGUAUAAUUCAAACGAAUGAAAGUUAGAUAAAUAACAAAUUAGGAACGAUGUUCCUCUCGACCAUUAUGUUUAGUCAACAAUACUGUUUAGAGGCAAGUCUGAUUUUAUACCCUUUGCACUUUAUUAAUGCAUUAACUGUUCCGACUCGAACAAUUAAACAAUGGAGAAAAGAAGGACAAGUGGAGUUAAUAUAUUAAUAAUGUUAGGUGUCAAAUUGAAAGUUUUAAUUGAAACGUUACAUAAUAUAUUAACUAAUUAUAUCUAUAGUAAAUGAUAUUGUAAUGUGUCAUACAAUAUCGUAUGACAUUUUAUUAUUUAUAUUAUUAUAUAGAAUAUUUAAAU